AUGAUCGACAAGAUGCAACAUGGUAUGAAUUACUUUCCGUAUAGAUGUGCAGAAGGAAACCUUUAUGGAAAUUCAUCAAAUCAAUCAGGUGCUCCACCACAACCUGGGAUUCAACCUGGCGUUCUACCCGGAGUUCAACACCCUCCAACACCUCGAAAAACCAUAUUUAUUGAACCUCAACCUCAACCUCAAAAAUCACAAUCUCGAAAAUCCGAACCUCGAAAAACCAUAUUUAUUGAACCUCAACCUCAACCUCAACCUCAAAAAUCACAAUCUCGAAAAUCCGAACCUCGAAAAUCUGCACCUCAAAAAUCCGAACCUCGAAAAUCUGCACCUCAAAAAUCUGAACUUCGAAAAUCGGAACCACGAGAAUCGAAACCUCGAAAAUCUGAACCAAGAGAGUCAGAACCUCGAAAAACUGAACUUCGAAAAUCGGAACAAGAUGUUAAAGAAACUCAGCAUGCUGAUACGGUGGAAAAAACGGACUCCAUUCAGCGUAGACCAUCAAGAUGGGAACCAGUUGAGGAAUACAUUCCAGCAACAACGAACAAAAUUGAAGAUGAAAUUUACAUUCCAACUCCAAAGGUUCAAGAAACGGAAGAGGAACGACCGUCUUCACCUGUUUCAAUUAGCUCGAAAUCAUCAAGUUCAUCUGAUUCCUCUAGUUCUUCAUCCAGUUCUUCUUCAUCGUCAUCAUCGUCUGACAAGGCAGUUAAACAAUCGUCUUCUUCUGAAGUCGCAAAUACUUUAACAGUGGCAGAACCUUCAAAAGUAGUUAACACUUUAAAUGUGGUGAAAAAUUCAGACGUGACCGAACAACAUUUAAUAGAAAAAACUUCCGAUGUGUCCACGUCUUCUAAACCUAAUGAAUCAAUAAGUGUCAGUGAUCCUUGUAUCAGAAAAUUAACAAAACCCAAAACAAUUACAGGCAAGAGAAAGAGGUCUAAAAAUCGCAAAAGUGAUGACGAUGGGGAUAAAAAACACAAGGAUAAACCUAAGAGAGCAAAAAAAAGUUCAUAG